GAGAGCGCAGAAGCCUCCUCGCGGCGCCUGCCCGCCCGGACCCCACCGUCCAGUCCCAGAGCUCGGCGACCCUCGCCUGCACCUCCUCUCCCAUUCACCCGCGCUGCGCUGCCAUUGGUCCAAAUUCCUACCGAUCCUCACAAGGCACAAAAAGGCGUUGCUCAGUGUGCUUCUUCUUCUGUUGCUUUAUAUAUAUAACAAACCUUCCCCCCCUCCCCUCCACCACCCCAAUUAUCCAUCCUUGUUCUCCUGAUGGUGACUCUUCGCUCACUUGCAACGUGUCCUUUAGACUGUUCUCUCCUCUCCAGCGUACACGCGUCUCUCCCGCGAUCCCUCCUCCCUUCUCUUUGCGCUGAUGCCUUGAGAGCUGGUACCUUCUUUCCCUCUUCCUUCUCUCUCUCUCUCUCUCCUCUUUUUGGAUGCCUCGCAACAAUAACACCGCUGAUGACCAUCCAAGAGGAAGCAGGUGGAGAAUGAAGCAUCCUUUGCCCAGGAAAGCCAUGGCUUAGCUCAAGAAGGAAAAGGCAAGAGAGGCGCAUCGGAAAAGAAAAAUAAUAAACACCAGCGCGCGAAAGAGAGAGAAAGAAAAGGGAGUCAACAUGAGUUUCCACAAGGAAGACGGGAUGGGCAGCUUGUGCCACAAGGCUCUGCAGAUCAUCUCCGAGUUGUGCCUGGGAGGGCAAGUGGAGUUGGAGAAAUGUUCGGGCAUCUUCCCGCUGGAGACCACCAACCAAGGUAUAAGCAGCGCAGACAUCUCUGUCAGCUUGCUUGCAGUCGUCGUCAGCUUCUGUGGGCUUGCCUUGCUGCUAGUCUCACUUUUUGUCUUCUGGAAGUUGUGCUGGCCGUGCUGGAGGAGCAAGCCGAUGACAUCGAACGCGACAAGCAUCCCUCAGAGCACCUCCAGCGCUCCCACUGAGUUUUUGGAAGCUAAUGAGAAAAAAGAAAUGAUUAAAGAAAACGGGAAGCCCUCCACGAAAAUCCUUGAGGCGGCAAUGAAAAUUAGCCACACUUCACCUGAUAUUCCAGCAGAGGUCCAGAAUGCUCUGAAGGAACAUCUAAUCAGGCAUGCACGCAUGCAAAGGCAGAUCACUGAGCCUGCAUCCUCAUCAAGGCACAAUUCCUUCAGGAGACAUCUGCCAAGGCAAAUGCAGGUGUCCAGCAUUGAUUUUAACAUGGGGACAGAUCCUGUUUUACAAAGAGGGGAGACAACUACCAGCAUUGGAAGGAUAAAACCGGAACUUUAUAAACAGAAGUCUGUGGAUUCAGAAGGCCAGAAAGAGGAUGUGAAAACUUGUGGGAAACUCAACUUUACCCUUAAGUAUGAUUAUGAAAAUGAGAUGCUUUUGGUUACCAUUGUCAAAGCCUUGGAACUACCAGCUAAAGACUUCACUGGUACAUCAGAUCCCUAUGUGAAAAUCUACCUUCUUCCAGACAGGAAAAAAAAGUUUCAGACACGGGUUCACAGAAAGACGUUAAACCCUGUCUUCAAUGAAACCUUUCAGUUUCCUGUAGCCUAUGAUCAACUUUGCAACAGGAAACUACAUUUCAGUGUAUAUGAUUUUGACAGAUUUUCUAGACAUGAUAUGAUUGGAGAAGUCAUUCUGGAUAACUUUUUUGAGGUCUCCGAUCUCUCUAGAGAGGCCACAGUAUGGAAAGACAUCCAUUGUGCCACUGCAGAAAGCAUAGAUUUGGGGGAGAUCAUGUUUUCCCUUUGUUAUUUGCCAACAGCAGGGAGGAUGACCCUCACAGUCAUCAAAUGCAGAAAUCUUAAAGCUAUGGACAUCACUGGCUCAUCAGAUCCAUACGUCAAAGUGUCCCUGAUGUGCGAUGGUCGGCGCCUGAAAAAGAGAAAAACAACUACAAAGAAAAACACUCUCAAUCCAGUAUACAGUGAGGCCAUCGUUUUUGACAUCCCUCCAGAGAAUGUGGACCAAGUCAGCCUCUCCAUCGCUGUUAUGGACUAUGACCGAGUGGGACACAAUGAGGUGAUUGGAGUAUGUAGGGCUGGACUUGACGCUGAAGGCCUUGGAAGAGACCACUGGAAUGAAAUGCUGGCGUACCCCCGCAAGCCAAUAACCCACUGGCAUCCCUUGGUAGAGUUGCCAGGCCGAGCAACCAGUUUUGACAGUCAAGGAUCUUGCUCAUCACCAAAACCACCACUUACACCCUAGCUUGAACAGUGGGUUCUUGAUGACCAGCUUCACAACAAGCUCACCAUCUCUAUACGCUACAAAAGGUUUGGGUCUAGCUGAUGACCUCCAAUCAGAUUUUUGCGUUUUGAUCCAUUGUAUUUCUACUGCAUAAUAAUACCAUUAAUUCUCAUUCUUAACUUACCUUUCACUUGAAUACUUGUUAAAGAUGUCAUGAAAAGACGUCAUUUCUUUCUUUGUUUGAACAAGGCAUUCAGAAGGACAUAAGUAUAGGUGGGUUUAAGGUCUUGAAAGCAACAUAAUGCUCAUGAUAGCACAAAUUGUGUCAACAUAAAGCUUUCUGUUGUACUUUCCUUUCUUGUGAACUCGCCUCUAAGUGGUGACAAUUUUAUAUAUUACAUAGAGGCAAAAACAGGUUUGCCACUGGGUGAAUCUUGUAUUGGGAACUGCAGUCUAUCACAGCUCCCUAAUGAGUGUGCCAAACAGUCAUACAGUAUUUUUACAUGUACACUAGUAUUUCUUAAAAUCCGCCCCCUUUCUGAAUGUACUGUACAUUCUGUGGUCCCAAUACAGAGUGGGAUUCAAAGAGCCUCCUCGAGGAAGUUCACAUGAGCAUCAGCACUUCCAAGAAUCAGCAAUCCCCCCCCCCCCUGCAGUCUCCUUCCAAUUGUGCUCAGGAAGCUGGGGUGCAUACCAACACUGAAUGGGGGUUGUAUCCGAUAUAGUGCUAAAGUCACUUUGCGGUAUAUUUGUUCCACUGGUGAAAUGUUUGGCAGGAAAGAAAUGCAGUUGCACCAAAAAACUACAUAAACAGGUUGCUGGUAACUUCUCUGUAAAAUAGAUUGUGCAAUCUGUUGUGCAAUGAGUUUCCUUGAGCUCAACAGAUUCCUCUGUUGUGCAAUGUGAAAACUCGCCCACCUGCUAGUGCAUGAGCCCUUGCCCUAAUACACAGAGAACAUUGGCUGCAGCCCCUGUUCUCCAUUGGGUUGUCCCUGUUUGCUGGGUUGAAUCUGGGCCUGAGAGCCAGAAGAAUGCCAGCCGUGCAACUGAGGUGCAGAGCUGCAAGGGAAGAUUUAGUGUCGACAAGAGCUUUUCGCCUUCUCUCCCUUAUGCAACCCAGCUGGAAAGGUUGGUCUGCCCCCCAGUUAGCCAUUCAGCCAAGGAAAACAGGAGCUGCUUAGCCACGGAUGGCCAUCUGGCAAACCCCAUCUGCUCCUGUGAUUUCUCACACCCUUUCCCCAAAGUUUAAGAAAUGCUGGUGUACGUCAAGAUGUCUUAUGUGUAAAUGUGAAACAGAAAUGUGUAAAGUAACUUGUGUUUGGGCCCAAUGUGUGCUGUGUUAUUAAAUGCACCUUUGCAUUUAAAGUGUGUAGGCUUGGGGGGGGGGGCUUUUUAAAAAAUGCAGCCCCAGAGGAUGGAUCUGAUAAGUAUUGGGAUUGUAGCAACUGGGGAAGAGGAGUUCUAUCUCUCUUCCCUACUGUGGUCCUAUCAAAGUUUAUUUCUCUGGAUCUGCUAUUUGCAUUAGGAAAUUCCCAAUAAUUAUCAGUCCAACAAUCCCUGCUUGCUUUAACACACACACACAUACAAAGAUGCAUUAACCAUCACACCAAGUUUGGCCUUUAAUUUGGCACUUUAGCCUCUAGGGCUUUGAUAUAGCUUUGCUCUGCUAUAUCAAAGGGGCAACUCUUUGACACUUUAUUGUAUUUCCGCUUAACUUCAUUGAUGUGAUUGACCUGGAGGAUUCAUAAUCAGAUGUUUGGAUGCAACAAGAGCUUAGCAUAAGCAUUUAUGAAGCUACAGUGUGAAUUCAGAUCAUUAGAAGUUGGGGCACACUGAUGUUCAGGCAACCAGAAAUGUAAAGCCUUCAAAGAGUAGCACAUUUGGGAGGGGGCGGGGAGAGAAAGAAAAGAAAAGAAAGUGGCCAUCCAUUCAGGAAGGCAAAAAGUCUUUCAAAAUGGUACCAGGAUGCAUCUUGUUCUGGGAUGCAGAUUCAGUGUUGUAAGUUGGAGGGCUAAAAUCUGUUUUGCUUCAAUGUAGCAGGAAGUCAGCAAGCCAAGUUCUAUUGUCUCCUAAAUUUGAAAUUAAAAAGUUGAAACUUGUGGAGCUCUGUUCUCCCGUGUUAGUUUAUGAUGGCUUAAAACAUUCUUAUGUUGACUGCUGACGGCAUUCCACACAAGCACACCAGUCAUUGCAAUAGAUGUGUGGAAAGGUCAGUGAAUCCUUAUAUUCAGGAGAACCAUUGAAAGAAGCUCCAAAAUUAAAACAUUUGUGCAGCAGAAACUCACCAGAGCCUGCUGUUUGUGAAACCCUAAACUCUUGUGCCUCGCUUCAGGUGUGAUAGAGAUUUAUCUCCAUGCAGGAAAAAUGUCAGGCAUGAAGCAUCCCUCUUUCAGAGCUGGUCUUGCCAUGAGAUAGAAAGAAGUAGACAAGUGCAGAGCCUGAUAUAAAGGUGAUUGAUUGGUGUGAGGACUUCAGGUUGAUUCUUCUUUCUGCAAAUCAAUUGCCUAAAUUGAUUUGGCCCUUUUGCUGAUCACAUUUAUUUGCCACAUGUCCAAUAUAAAAUCUAUGUAUGGGCUUCAUUUAAAGAUUCCAUUAUUUUCAAAACCAAUCAUGGUACAGUCAACUUGCAACUUAUGCACAUUUAACUUGGCUGAAAAAAAUAAAAAUUUAACCGGGGGCGAGGAACUAUCACAAUCCCACCCACCAUUUGCAUGCACAUUGGGAGAGUAUUUGGAGGUGCUGGGAGAGUGUGUUUUGACUAUCCAUGAUUUUGGCUUUACGAGCUGUCCCCAGAACAUAACCCCUGCAUACCGGUAAGUUGCAAGUCAACUGUAUACACAGUGGUUUGGAUCCAGGCUGAAGCCCUAUUUAGGCGUUAGAAGUGCCCAUGCUUGAAGGGUACAUGGUGGGGGAGUCCCUGGUCCCAAUAUCUGCUCUAAGCCUUUGUGCAUUUGCAAGGGAUAUUCCAAAUACAUUCAGCAAUACAUGUUUAGAUAUUUCUCUGCAGUUGUGACCCUGGAUUACGCAGAACCUGAAACUGCCGGGAUGAUUUUAAGCAUGUUUUCAUCUCCUUUAGACCUUCAUGCAUAAUGCACAGAGGUUAGGAGUGAUGGUGACAUUGGGGGCAGGACCAACAUGUGCAGCCUUGCUUCCCAAGCACCCACCCACCCCCAAUGUUCUUUGAACACAAAAAGUGACAAUGCCUGAAUGGGGCUUAAGUUAGUCACACUUCGGUCCCAACAACAUGAAAUCAAAUGUGGAGCAUUAGUCAUGACUAAUCAAUAGGACUGAGAUCAACAGGACUCCAGAUCCUACCCAUAGUAUGCACAGUUGCACCUUGGAUAUCUCUGUUAUCACUUUAAUAAACCAAAUUGGCUUUUUUUAAAAGGACAUUUAAAGUUAUACUCUACUGGUGGAUAUGACUGAUAACUAAUGGUGGUGGUGGGCAAUUCUGUAGAGCAGGAGUGAGGAAUGUGUGGUGCACUUGUUGGACUCCCAUAGAUCCCUGGUGUAUGGGGCCCUAGCCCAUGAUGGCUAGGGCUGAUGGGAGUUCCCUAUCCCUGCUGCAGUGGUAGCAAAUGAUUGAGGUCCAAGUAAGCCUCCUUCCUUGUCUACCCCAACUGUUUCAUAAAGUAGGCCGCAAGUAAACCUGCCCUCCUGCUCUGCUGUUGCUGCUUCCCUCUCUCCCUCUUUCUAUCCCUCUUCCCCACUUUUAAUUUUAGGACAGGAAGUAACACAACUUUGAUUGCUUUAGGCAGCAUUCACAGGUCAUGUGAAGGACAGGCUAAAAUAAAGAUGGAGGGAAACAAGGUGGUUUGGUAUCAUCUCCUUUGGUCACCAUCUCUCCUGUUUCUAUCACAUGGAGGGGGAAUAACAGGUGGAUAACAGUUGCUUCAAAACUACCACACAUAGACUUUCCAACCAGUAGCAGUAACCCAGAUAUUAUCUAGGGUUUUCUUCAAUAUCCUGUUCCAUUUUUUAUAAAUGGGUACUUGUCACAAGUUAAUGUUUAUGGUACUGAACAACUGUAAGCUACUUGUGCGUCACCUUUUGGAGACGUACCUCAAACAAUCAACUUUAUGGUCACAGAAAUCUGUAUGUGUAGAUUGACGCUUGCAGUAUUCUUGUGAUGUACUCUUUGAAUAUGUCCUUUUUACUUGCCAUCAUCACAAAUACUUUCCAAAUGCUGUUUGUUUUCACAAGCAUCUGCAUACUAUCUACAUAGCUUUUUUCAGAGCUAUUCUGAUUUUUCUCUUCACAUACUCUCAGUAACAAGAGGGCCUUUCUGCUCUUUCUGCUAUGUUUUUGGUGAUGAAAUACUGUAAGAUUGAAUUUCAAUAUACUUUGCACUGUUUUACGCCUACUAUCCAAAAACAAAAACCCUAUCAAGUUCAUGAACAAAUGUAGCAUUAGUGUUCUGUAAGGAACAUAUACUUUUUAUUGUUUCGUCGGUUUCUACUGCUAUGGCAUAGCUUUUGUUGUAACUUGGAAUAGAUUUCAAGGGCCAUUGUUUUAUAUAAAUUAUUACCAUUAUUAUUAGGUUGCAUCUGUCAAAGUCAUCACUUUAGCAAUAGGAUUUCUGCCUGCACAACAAUAAUCCCUACCCCUGUGUGAUUCCCAUGCCCCCCCCAAUCUGCUCUGGAGGGCUGGGGCUACACCCAGAACAGAUCUAGGUGGGAGGAAGAAGGAGUUCCAUUCAGGUGGAAGUCCUUGCAUAAAUGGGGCAACUUCAUGGGAUACAACCUACUGUUGCUGUUAUUUUUAUCCAACACCAAAGGAAAAAUAUUUAGUUGUGCCCUUCUCCUCAGUGUUGUCCAUGUAGUGAUGCAAUCCUAUGCACACUUAAUUGGGUGUUAGUCUCAUUGAACUCAGUGAGCUCCAGUUCAGAUGUAUGCCCACCCAACAGUCAGUUUGCAUGUUGAAGGGGUGGGCAGCUGGGCACCUAUCCCAUCCUCACUCUUGUAGAAUGGCCCGAAUUGCAAUCUCUCUCUACCAAAAUAAAAUAAAAAAUGAUAGUGGUAGAAUUGGCUCUAUCAGAUGGGCCAUCCUGGAUACCGAAUGCCUGCACCUCAUGUUAUUUUUUAUAUGUGGUGGAUGGUUCACAUCUGCUUCUCAGCCAUGCAAAUGGAUCAGCGUGUAGGUUAGGUGUUUAAAAGCCAGCCUCUGUAAAGAGGAAUAGGAAUCAGCUGCACAAAGUUCCAUGGGCAUGAGCCAAAUAGGGGUCUUAGGCACAUGACAAGAAUGCAGCCUACAUGUCUGAUUCAUUAGCUCAGGCCUGUGUGUGAGGACUCCAAUGCUCAUGCUUAGAUGAGUGAACUGGAGAUACACAGAUGUUUCCACGGCACAUUCGGGUCUGAUAGCACUGAGCUCGGAGCAGUGGCGUAGCGUGGGUUGUCAGCACCCGGGGCAAGGCAAGUAAUUUGCGCCCCCUAACCCGUGG